AUGUCGUUCAUGUUCCAGGUUGACGGAUGGAAUCUGUCCAACGAUGUCAAGGCUGAUAAGUUGACCAAGCGUCAGAAGGAAAAACGAGACCAGCAGGCCGAGCGAGGCGUCAUGAUGCGGGAGAAGCGAGAGCAGCGAGAGAAGGAGCGAGCUGAUGACGAGAAGGCCGCCGAGGCUGAUGCCAAGGCCAAGGCUGAGGCCGCUAAAGCUGCUGAGAAGGCUUCUGCUGCUGAGGAUGCUGCUGAUUCUGGCAAGAACAAAAAGAGCAAGAAGGACAAGAAGAAGGAUAAGAAGGAUAAGAAGGCCAAGGCUUCUGAGACUGAAGAGGCUUCCAAGCCAGCUGCUCCUCCUGCUGAAGCGUUCACACAGGCUCCUGCCGCCAAGCUGACACCUCUUCAGCUCAAGAUGAAAGAGAAGCUGGCCGGAUCGCGGUUCCGAUGGAUCAACGAGCAGCUGUAUACUGUUCCCUCCGAAGAGGCUCUCAAAAUGAUUACCGACAACCCCGAGAUUUUUGACGAGUAUCAUGCUGGAUUCCGAAACCAGGUGCAGGGUUGGCCCGAGAACCCCGUGGACACCUUUGUCAAGCGGUUUACCGAGAGGCUCAACAAGCCUGUGUGUUCUCCUGGAGGGCUGCCUGCUCACAAGCGCGAGAACAAGAUUGUGGUGGCCGAUAUGGGCUGUGGAGAGGCGCAGCUGGCGCUGGAUCUGAGCAAGAUCAACUUCAAGAAGAAGGGCGUCAACCCCCAGAACAAGAACCUGGUGGUCGAGACCCAGUCGUUUGAUCUGAAGAAGGCCAACGAGCGAGUGACAGUGGCAGAUGUGAAGAAUGUGCCCAUGGAAGACAACUCCGCUGACAUUGUCGUCUUCUGUCUGGCUCUUAUGGGAACCAACUUCCUGGACUUCAUCAAGGAGGCCAUGCGAAUUCUGCGGCCCAAUGGAGAGCUGUGGAUCGCCGAGAUUAAGUCUCGAUUCACCGACGGCCAGACCGACGAGUUCAUCAAGGUGCUCAAGAGCCUCAGCUUCUUCCACAAGCUCACAGACGACGAAAACACGCACUUUGUGCGGUUCGAGUUCUUCAAACCCACCCAAGAGAUUCUCGCCCAACGAAAGAAGAAGGUGCCAAAGCGAAAGUUCAUUGACUAUGGAGAUGAGGAGGAAAAGAAGGGACCCGAGGACGGCGAGCAGCUCGAGAAGAGACGAAAGAAGCAGGCUGAGGGCGAGUGGUUGCUCAAGCCUUGCAUUUACAAGCGACGAUAG